AUGGGAAUUGCUGGCUGUGGUCUGUGUGAGGGACCCCCCGAAGGCCUCAAGGAACAUGGCUGUGCUGUGCAGCUGCUCUCAGCACUGCUCUUGCCUGCAGCUCCACCAGGAGAGCCCAGCAGACUGGACAUCACGUGUGCCACGGAGUUCCUAGAGGACUUUGUGGAGCUGCUGGCACAGCCGCUGCGCACGCUGCCCUCCGUCGGCCCGCCGGCCGUGCUGGCCUACAGACCUGAGGCGCUGCGGGGCCGCCUGCGGGCCGAGGCAGAGGAGGACUGCGCUCCCAAGUGCGAGUACUGCGGAAGCCUGCUGAGGCCGUUCCCUUCCUUCGAGGACAUUUGCCCUCCACCACAGAAGUUCUGCUGCAAACGCAAUCAAGACCUCUACGAGUUCAUCGUAAAUGAGAGGAAGAAACACGAAAGUGCUUGGAACAGCCCUAUUUCUAUAGACUCUCACGAGCCCCAUGGCAGUGAGGCUGAAAGACACGUGGCAAAGGAGAGAGCGUACCAGAGGCAGCAGGAGAGACAAAUGGCCAGACAGUUAGCCUUCCUGGCAACUGAGCCGAAAACUGUAGCUGAAUGUAGAGCACAGCCUGGCACCAUUUCCUACCUGCUUUCUCAGGAGCCACCAUCUCUGACGGGCUGGACACUGAUGCCUGAAGAGAGAGCAGCAGAGCUUGAGGAGGAGCCCAUUUCCUACAGCAUCACCUGCUGCGACUUCACUGUUAUGGGUGGAAGGGUAGCGAAGAAUGAAUUGUUGGAGAAAUACUACAAUCAUGGAGGGAAGUUUCUUACCAUGCUACCAGAUGGAACAGCACAGUUAUUCUAUCCAUCCGGAAACCUGGCAGUCAUCGUUGUACGAGAGAAAAAGCGGUUUGUUUGCAUAGUGCAGGAAGACAAGGAAAGUAACACUGAGAUACGGGCAGUAUUUGCAUCCAACGGCAGGAGCACCUGCUACCACCCGCACGGCACUGUGUGGAUAACGAUGAACACUGAAGGAGGGCAGUGCCUGGACCGGGCAGGCAACAGGGUGAGGAGGUGGAUGUGGCCAAGCUGCACAGCGUCAUCUGGACCUUGUGCCCCACUGAGCCCCAUCUUCCUCUCCCUGAACCUGCACGUGGGGGUCAGGAUCAUGGGCCAGGAUAAGAUCACAGUUUCCUUCCUUGCCAUGGGACAACAAGCAAAAUUCAACGUGGGAACAAAAGUGCAGGGCAGCCAGGCUGGCCAGCUGCAUGCCCUCCCCAAGCUGAAUGAGGAUGAGCUCCUGCUGCUAGCCUUGCGGGUGAGGAUCCUGCGGCUCAUCGAUAAGCUGCGUAGCUGCCUGAACUUCCCUUCCAAUGAGCAAUGGGACAAAAUGAAGCCACCAGUGUACCUUGUCACACAGACUUUAAAGAUCUUGUACCUUUGCACAACUUCUGACAUAAGCGAAGAGCUGUGCAGCUCAGUCAGGGCAAUAGUAAAUGCUCCAGUCUGAGCAGCA